AUGUUGUUCCUCUACAACUGUGGUGAGCUCAGGGUUGGGCAGAGAAGCUUGGAAGGGCCAGCCAAUGGGGUGUGUGAACUUGAAUUGGAACCUCCCAUUCAACUCCUUGUGUUCAAUGAGGAGGUUGGUCUUGCAAAACUUGAUGUCCAUCCACCUGGCUCAGUGCCUUCUCUCAGUUGGUGCCUUCCUUGCAAAGAAGGUGUUGGCAAGGCCUUGUGCACAUAUCUCAGCACUGGACUCCUGAUUGAGCAGCCUUGGACCUUGAGGAAGAGUACUCCUUCAGCGAUUGUAGCCCAAACCUUUGGAGCUCAUUUCCUUGAUAUCCCAAUGGUUCCCUUCUCCAUAGUUGAACCAAACAAGAUCUCCAAGCUGCCUGAAGGUGACCAUCUCUUUCUCCUUGCCAAGAACGUGAUCCAUCCCCAACCUUGA